ACAAAAACUGCAGCUAGUGUUGACGCCAGGGCUGCCGCCAACCCUAGGAGUUGCAGAAGCUGCAAACCUCACUAUCUCCUCCAUUAAACCGCUCGCUCUCAUUUGCAUUCUUCGCUAAAACCUCAGAAUCCAUUCCACAGCUUAUACUCGUACACAUUCAAUCGAUUCGCCAAGCGUAAAACGGAAAUGGCAUGACCGAAAACGGAGGAUAUAUUCAAAAGUUCGAUUCAGAACAGUGCGAUUUGGAAAUAAUGCGAUUGUGGGUGCAUCGGACGUCGAAGAUUGCCCCCAUUUAUCGUUAUCUCCAUGUCCCCGCCCAGAGAGAGCCUCACCACCCUUCUCAUCUCCUUCGCGCGGGAGCUGAGGCGGUUUGGUUCACCAAAGUCAUUUGCAUACUCUGCGCUCGCCGUUCAUCGGGUCUCGAUGUCUUCGGUUGCGAUUAUUUCCGGGAGAAUCUGAAUCCGUUGAUUGCUUUCGAUGUUAUCGAGCACCUUAAUGGUAAUUUGAAUAACCCCCGAUUGGCAUUUAGCUUCUUUCAAUUCGCGAGGCUUAAUUUGAAUCUCGUUCAUUCAGUUUCAACGUUUCAAUUGCUUCUGAAGUCUCACUGUGAAAUAGGUCUUCACGAUUCGGUUAGAUUAUUGUUUAAUUAUAUGAGAGCGGAUGGGUAUUUGCCGGAUAGGUCACUUAUAGAAUUUGUAGUAUUGACGCUCGCAAAUGCAGGCGAGUUUGAAUUUGCGAAAGAAAUUUUGAUUUCUGAAUCUCAAGUGAACAAUGAGAAAUGUGGAAAUUUUAGUCCUUUAUUACACAAUAAGUUUUUGAGUUUGUUACUGAAGAAAAACAGGGUGGAUGAAGCUGUUUGUUUCUUUAGAGAUUAUAUUUUGAAGUCUCAGAGUUUUUGUUGGGAUACUUGCACCUUUAACAUUGUGAUUCGAGGGCUGUGCCAGGUUGGAAGAGUUGAUAGGGCAUUUCCAUUUUUUAAUGGCAUGAAGAAUUAUGGUUGUCUUCCCGAUCUUGUUACAUAUAACACACUUAUAAAUGGGUUGUGUGGUAUUGGUGACGUAGAUAGAGCACUGGGUUUAUUGAGAGAAGUUCAGUUGCUAGACAGAUUUUCCCCGGAUGUUGUGACAUAUACUUCAGUUAUUUCAGGUUAUUGUAAGUUGGGUAGAAUGGAUGAGGCACUCAAUCUUAUGGAAGAAAUGAGUUCCUUUAGGAUCCCACCGACCUUAGUUACUUUUAAUGUUCUAAUAAAUGGGUUUGGCAAGGUUGGAGACAUGGUUUCAGCUUUAAAGAUGUAUGAGAGGAUGAGUCGUGGUGGCUGUCUUCCGGAUGUGGUUACUUUCACUUCUCUCAUUGAUGGUCAUUGUCAAUCUGGUGAUUUAGAUCAGGGCUUGAAGUUCUGGGAUGAUAUGAAUGAGAGAAAGUUGUACCCAAAUGCAUAUACUUUUUCUAUCAUUAUUAUUGCAUUGUGCAAGAAAAAUAGACUUAUUGAAGCCUGUGAAAUAUUGAGGCAAUUAAAAUGGAGAACUGAUAUUGUUCCCCAACCAUUCAUAUACAACCCUGUAGUUGAUGGGCUGUGUAAGGGUGGCAAUUUAGAACAGGCUAAUGCCAUUGCCGCAGAAAUGGAGGCCAAGGGAUGCUGCCAUGACAAGAUCACAUUCACAAUCCUCAUUCUUGGGCAUUGCAUGAAAGGGAGAAUGCUUGAGGCAAUUAACAUUUUUAAUAAGAUGCUAGCAGUGGGCUGUGCCCCAGAUAAAAUCACUAUAAGCAGUCUAACAUCUGUCCUUCUGAAAGCUGGUAUGGCAAAGGAAGCAUAUAGAAUACAGAAUGCUGCAUCACAGGAUUCACUUGCUGUUAUGCCAUCCUCAGAAGGAACUGUGCCAUUCAGGACUAAUAUGGAAGUUCCCAUAGCUGCUUAAUUGCCUCAUUUCUCUCUUUGCUUUUCUCGGCAGAUUAUGAAAGACCCUUCUUCCACAUUACUGUCACAGUGGGGUCUCAGUCCAUUCAUGUACAUACAACUGCUAGAGGGUUUCUAGGCUGUGGAUGAGUCUAAAACAACUGCAUCUGUAACAAAAUGAUUGUCCAACAAAUUGAUGCGUAAGGGAAUAUCUGAAAUAUUUUUUUUGGAAAUUACUGAUAUUAAUUGACUGAGUCUGCAGAGGUGCAGAUCUAUCUAUGAACAGGCAAUGCAAUCAGUUACUCUAUUAAGGUUGCUGUUCCAAAAACACAUGCUGUCCAACAGUGUUUUGGUGAUGGAAGCCUAGGGAUAAUGAAAACUGAAUCAACUAACUUGCACUUCAGCAAGAAUUCAUAAUUUCAGACGAAUUUUGAAUGUCCCUUUGGCAGUUUAAUUCCUUUGUACAACAUUUGGCUUUUCUGAGCGGAUAUAUGAUGCCUUCCACCAUGAUUUUCCAAAAUGGAAGAUAGAACCAACUUAUCCACGAGUCAGUAGGCUAAAGGUCUCUUGGUAGUGAAGAGACGAGAUAUCCAAGAGUUAACAACGGUUGAAAACAUACUCUUACACAAGCCAGCACAAUAAGAUCUUUAAUCUUCUGGGCUGCAUGGAAAUUCGAGUUCUGAUGGGGUGAGCUCGGGAAGGAGGGACAUAAAAUGUUGCUGCUCGAUUCUUUUGCGUUGAUGUACAUCCCCUAAAACAGUGCAAGUACAAAACUCGAGUCUCGCCAAUGAGCUCUAGCCUAUUGGCUCGAGGGAGGCGCCCUUAACCGGAAUGUCGAGGGUUAACACUAGGGUGUAUUUGUGUUAAUUCUUUGUGGGCAUUUGGUCCACUCAGUUUAGGAUAGGUGAUAGUUGAUAGCUAAUACAAAGAAAUUGUAAUUGUAUUCUUCGUCCCCAAGUGGAUAGUUGAUGCAAAGUUGUAAUUGUAUUCCUUGGAACAAGAAAUUAUAAAUGAAGCAUUGUACUUUGUCA